CACACAAUAGCAUUGACUACAUUCUUGCAGCUUUUAGUUUAUUUCUAUUUGACAACAUGAACAAUUUCCAUCGUUACAUUUCCUGUUCUAGGGCCAAGCCUUAUAAAGUAAGUCCCAUCGCCCUAUUAAAAGGACCCAUUGAGUACAAGCAAGGUUCACCCGGGGAAUAGAACUAUUGAUACAUCUCUCUAUUGAACAGCUUGAGUAUAGCCAAGGCGAUCGUUUGCUGGCGAUGUUCAUCUGAGCUGCAACUGCAAGAGUUCAUUCACAUCAAGAAGCUUGCUAAACCGCGAGCUUCAGUCCAACUGCAAAGCACUACAAAAUACCAACCAAAUCAGUUAAACGACAUAAAGAGAUGGCAGCAAGUAACACACCAAGAACUCACACCCGUAAACGAAUGCCGCCUGAACAAACUGUUUACACAGAUGCCUCACCACAAACACCAUUUCCGCUCAGACACAUUUCACCUCAUGGGUCAACUACGAGUUCCAGACAGCAUGUUCUAAAAUGUCUUCAGUCGUCCUCGGACAUUUCAGUCACCCGCCCUUGCGUCAACUGGGUGCCCCUGAUCUCGCCCGGCGAGUCUCCCACGGAGGCAGCCAACGACAUAGCGAACUCUGCUCUGAACUGCUGUAACUCUUCACUCCUUCCGUCAGAUUCAGUAAGCCCUGAACAGCAGCGCAGCCGUGAGCCACAGAGCGGAGGUUUAAAGGAAUUGAAUAAAUCGUCGUCUUCUAAAGUUAUGGAGGGCAACAAGAAAACUGGCCAAAUUCAGGAAAGUCAAUUUUCAGCAACAGAGUCGUUCACGGUCAAUGAAAAACGCCCACAUGUGCCAAUGGACAGAUUAUUCUCUACCAAUGACAGUGAUAUCGGCGGUCGUGUUCUGUCGGUUUCUGAUUGGAAUCGUCAAACAACCCAUCAGGUCGACGAACCCAAACUCCAGGCCAAUCACAAUAGCAUUAGAAUGGGCGACGGGGAAGGUAAGUCCAUCCAUGGUCAAUCCAGCGAAUACUCAGAUGACAAGGUGCCAGGCCCAGAGGAUCCUUCGGACACAUCGAGUAGGCCUGACGUCAAGAAAUAUUCACAAAUUUCUAUUUCCCAACACUCUUCUCAGAUAAGAGCAAUUGUGGCGUCUCAAGAGCUGAAACAUAGAAUUACCUCUGCCGCAGAAAAAGCUUUGGAAGACUUUGUUAACAGGUCUCAGCUGUCGUCACGCAGUGACCUAUCCACGCAGCUAUUGCCUCGUCUUGCCUCCGCCUCUAUUGUGACUGUCGGCAAAUCUUCUCAUACAACGUCGAUUGCCUUAACGGCGGUCGAACCACUACAACAAAUCAAUUUAAGAAAAAAAUACUGCAGAAAAAAGUACUCGAAAAAAGUCUCGAAAAAGCGGGCGAUCUCCGUGGAUUCAACAGCCACGCUGCACAACACGCAUUCCAGAAACGUGACCGACAGUUUGAUUUUUUCCGCCAGCCAGCUCGGUCACUCAUCGUGGUCACACCCAUCAAGCUCAUCCCUAACCCUGGUGACGGGAACAUCGACUCACGAUGAAAACUCGUCCAAUCAUCCACCGACCACGGAGAAAACCAAGCCAAAAAGAAAGAGCCGAGAAAGGAAGGUCCAGGGAAGGAUCCGAUCUAUAAAUAAAUCCAGAAGAGAUGAGACAAAGAUCGAUGUAUCCACUCACGAAAUAGCAUCCAAGACUUGUUCAGAACUUUCGAAUUCUCUCGGUUCAGGGUCAGGCCCCAGAGGCCACUCGGUGAAGUACAAACCAAGUAUGAUGACGUCAUUUGCCAGUUCAAAGUCUUCAUGCCCUGAAUCGUCUGCGACAACAUUAUCCUCGAGGCAGCUGGAGCAGAACUCAUCCAGCCUUGAAAGUCUAAGAGGCUCCGCUUCAAAGAGGUCGGAAAUGCCAGAAAUUCCUAAGGUAAUAUCUGAAAAUGAUGCAAUGCUUUCAAACACUGCAAUAAACAACCUCGAAUUAAUUAGCACAGUUCCGGAAGGUGUAUUUGACUCCCCAUCAAAACAGAGCUAUCCACGUCAAAGCAGUUUUCACAAUAAACACAGUAUAAACGAGUACCAGAUGAACGAUAGAACAAUAACGUCCAGUUCCAUCGAGACUUCAACUCAUCUGUACACAAAAUCCAGUGGGGACAAAUAUGGGACGGAGGAUAAAACGGUUACCAGGUACUACUCAGCACACAGCGUACUUCGCAGAAGCGCGGUCAACAAAUCUGGACUGAGAUACUGCGGCAGCAAACUGUAUCGCAUACGAAAAGGGGUGGAGCAUACCGCUCUGCAUAACGGGCCAUCCUCGCCCAAGUCCAAAGUUAUUAAAUCGUGCUCGUGCCCCUUCAACACGUUAACAACACCAGAAUACAUCGAACAAUUCGUUAGCACUGCGAGCCAUCAAAGCCGAGGAAGCUUAUUUAGAUUUCUUCAAACUCGACAAAACUGGUACCCCAACGUGGUCAACUGGUUACAGUCUCUGUUCGGGGGGAAGUCAGCCGAGAAAAAAGACUGUGGCUGCACCAGCGAUGAAUUAAGAGACAUCACCAAAAAACUUUCGAACCCAGAUUUGAAAAGUCACGGGUCUCAUGAAAUCAAAGAAGCACCACAAAAGCACGUGAAGACAAAAUCCAAGAGAAUGAUAGUCUAUAACGAUAGUGACCCCUUCUUGUGUGUUGAAGGAAUGGCAUCUACCCUGCCUGGCAGCGACUCAAAGUUGAUCAUUGAUAGAACGGUUUGUAUGAUCUGCCCACCCGAUGACGAUGAAGAAUGUGGGCCAUGUCCACUACAGCUGGCAGCACCAGAAUGUCGCUCCGACGAUAAGAAGUUGGAGUCGCCCGAUACCAAAGAGCACAGUCCAAAAACUAUCAAUGUGAAGAGCUCAUUGAGCAAAGAGAGUGAGGAUAAAAGGCUUUCCCGUAAAAGGUCAAAAAUAAGCUGUAAGGAAGUUUUGUCUCACUCAGAUGCCAGAAGCCCGGAGCGAAGCAAACAAAAAUUCCUAAAGUCGAUUGAAGACGUAAGAAAUAAUGAAAGCAGGGAACGGAGAAAAAGUUCAAGAAAAGAUUUAAAAAUAGUGUGUAACCCGUGCGUCAUAUGCAAGUGUCCAGACGCGUGCAUGAAAGAUAAAAAGUCAAUAACUGAAACAGAAAAGUAUCAAGUAAAGUCACUGGAAAACAACAGAUUUUCUAUAGAACCUCUCAUUGACCUCACACAAGUGCCAGAAGAAGGAGUGACGCACUCAGAAGAACCAGAACUCGGCAUGGUACACAUAGUGGAACCGGAAGAGGUCAUGACCUUUAACGAUGACGUCAUGGCCUUGAACGAGAACAUCUUUGCCAUGAACGAUGACAUCAUGGCGACUCUCCAGGACAUGGAGGACGGGAACUACGAAGAGUGCCAUUCCUUGAUUUGCCCGGAGGAGCCUCUGGCAACUAUUCACGAAAACCAAGAUGAGGGCCAGAGCGCGAAACUGGACCCGUCCAGUGCAACUUUGAUCUGUGAAUCGACUCUGUCAGCGGUCGAGCAACCCGAGCAGAGCCUGGUCUCAGAUGAAAGCGGCGGCUUGUUGCAGCAGUUACCACUGGCCAAUAUUUUGGCCCAAACAGCCAGCGCUGCAGGGGCUGUAAGUAGACGUUUCUGGGUGUUGAAUCUUAGAAAUAUUGAUAUAACUACAGUUUAUAAUCAGUUUGAGCCUUACAACAGUUUAUAUCAUUUUAAAUUUCACAACAUAUUCUUUGUCAAUUGAUAUUCUUGAUUCUAGAAAUGUAAGUCCCCGAGGUAUAUUGAAUAGAGCAAGAUUUACACUACGUUACAAAGAACUUGCUCAACCGAGACGAACGUAGUUUUUAGGUCAUAUUAAGAAGUACCAUAUUUUAAAAAUAACAAGUAAAACUAUCCUGACACAACUUUUUGUCGCUGUUAGCACUGGCAAUAAGUGCCAGACAUUUAGUCUACAACUGGUAUUGAAGGUUUAAAAACAGUACACAGAUUAAGUCAAACUGGGACAAAUCAAUCCAAGAAUUGUUCUGAGAAAACUUUCGUUAAUUUAUUAAUAAAGUUGUGUACAUGAAUGCUACAUGAUUUAAAAUUAAUGAAAAAAGUUCCACAAAAAAGAUUUGGCAUUCGAAAGUUUGCAUUGCAGGCUCUGAUGUCCACCGUGGAGGCAAUAGCGGCCAAAAACACGGAGGUCAAGUUUCAGUUUCCACAACGGCGUGGGCUGUACGAGCCACCAAAGGCGUAUCCAAUGUAAGUGAUGGUGAAGGGUUUGGAUUAUACUGGCUCAUUCUUGAUUCAAAUAGUGUUUUAAAUCGUUCACACUACCACCUGUACAGUACACCUGUUCACUUUUUUAUUACAUCACAUUCCCUGUACAUUACAUUACAUGUGUAUUACACAAGAUCAUAUGGACACGACACCAUAUCACAUUGCAGUACACAAUAUCACAUUGCAGUACACCACAUCCCCUUACAUUACGCAUUAUCUCCUGUUCUGUACACCAUAUCACCGGUAUAGUACACUCCAUCACCAAAUAAAUCAAAUAACAUGAAAAGAACUUUAACACUCAAUACAAUCCCAGCAAUGAUAAAACACAUCAUUAAUUAUUGGACACUAGAAGAAUAGAUCGUUCCUACAGAAGUAUCUUCAGACAUGUCUGAGAAUAUUUUCAAGAAUUUUCCCGAUAACUGGAUGUCCUUGAAUUGCUUGAUAACAACAAAACAAAGUGCACACAUGUCCCCCAUGUAAUAUCCUGUUAUUCCCCAUAGAAGUUAAAACAAACUUUAACAGAUCUGUCCAAUGAGAAGUGAGUAAUGUUAGGAAAUAAUACAGAGAACUUCCAUUUCUCUUCUUAUGUCCACUACAACAAAUCCCAAAUUGAACAAAUUCUUUGUGCUCACAUUGACUGAUGCUUGCACAAAUCUUGUUGGACAGGUGGCUGUACCCAGAGCACAUCCGCAAACUGCUUAUCUUCUUUGGCCGUGAUCCAGACGCUAAUGCAUCACCAACAAAAGCCGGAGUCGACAAUAUGCCGUCCGACACAAGCAUCGCGGAUGACCAUUUAAAGUUAGUUGACAUGAAGGAUAACCUCCAAGAUGGUGGUGAUAAUGAGCAUCAAGAGAGUGCCAAGGCUUGCUGGGGACCACCGACCCCACCUCCAAAACCCCCUGAGCCCGAAAGGAUCCCUCGAUGUGUGGAUAACUUCAGAGAACUCAGGUUCUGUAACCCAGCUGUUCCGUUGCCCAAACUUUGCAACCAUUACAGAUUAAUCAAUUUCAGAUGUGCUAUACGUCCAUCUCGUUCAACGACGCCUAGGAGCUUACUAAGAUCAUUCUCGCCAUGUCGAUUCCAUGGUCGAUACCACGUUGAUAAAUAUGGAAUCCCGCUUUCUCCGGCCACGCGACUGACCAGGUGUUCCCGCAGGCCAACCAAUACCUGUCAUAGAAAAAUGAUAUGCCGAAAGGUUCCCACGUGUCCCAGUGAGCCACGCCGAGUGACCUGUGCCGGAGGGGUCAAGGUCAUGUGCCACCCUGAUGUCUGGGGCAACAGCGAGUUAAAGAGAAGUCCGUGCAUCCUAAAUGAAAAGGGUGAUCGAUACUACUACAAAAACCUGUUCAAAAAGCGGCUUAAUAUGAAGAACUUCUUGAAAAAUAUGAGGAAAAAUGGCAGUUUUUCUUCUGAAGUUCACAGCGAAGAACCACUGAAGGUCGAAGUAAUAUCUUGUCCGAUGCCCAAAAAUGAUUCCUCAAUCCAUUCGAGCUGCCAGCCACUUGCUGAAGGUAAAGUAAACACAUUCAGACAUCCGUGUGGAUCCCCUUGCACUUUUCUCCGUUCUUGCGGAGCUGGACCAGUCGCGGAGAAAGACGAAAGCAAAAAUAAACCCGAUCCUUGCUGUGAAGACUCCAUUUGUGAUACAUGUGAUCCUCCGAAGGGCGAAGACGAAAAGUUAUCUACUGGCGACAAAGCAUCUGUUACUGGUCAUCCGCUCAAUAAGCCACCAAUGCACCCAGAAAAAUCCAAGGAGGAAAAUCCAGGAGAGCCUAAGAGCCGUUUAUCAAAUUUGGUCCAAAAAACUCUUGAAAACAGUACAUUAAUGAAGGGAAAACCCAACGGGGAAAGCAAUGCGAGUAAGGCUGGUCCAUCUCCUUGUGGAGAAAGCGUGCGUAAUAUGUGCAAAAUUCAGUCCAUGCUUGAAUUAAUCAGAAAAAAGGAGCGAAUGUCGUCGUUAAUUAAGGACCUGACGGCUCAGACUUUGGCAAGCAGAGCGACGUUCGAUGCUCUUUACUCGUCUAAAUGGCAGUUCCAACCAGACAGAACGCGACUGAAGAAGAAAUAUCUAGAUAAAAAUAGUAGAUAUGCUUACGACUUCUGUAACGCACAUCCCGAGAAGAUGAGACAACCUUCUUUAGUUCGAUUAGGGUCCUCUGCUUACAGUGCCAAAUCCAACAGCUCUAGGCUUCCAUGGUAUACAGUAAGGAGAUACAGCUAUGCACGGAAUGAAUCAAACUUCAACAAAAGUUCAGCCUUCCUUAAUCUACCUCCCUCGAUUCCUGAAGAUUUCAAUCUUAUCUGUAAUCGAACACUCGAUGAGGACUUUAAGAGUACUGGUAAUCGGAAAAAGGAAAGUGAUUUUACUAGCAUCGGAAAUAGAAAGCUGGAUGAAGAAUUACCUCUACGCGUCAACAGUUCCCAAGCUGGCUACAGGGUCUACCACGCAAGAGACGUGUAUUCUCACACCAAUUCAUUCAAGUCUCACGCCAACAAGUGGACCACGGGAACAGAGCGGUAUUACGAUGGUAAACUCAUGACACAGUUGCUGUCCUCAUCGUUCACUAAAUCGAUGAACUCGCCUCACGGGAACAUUCAUUUGGGCAACGAUUUCUCGGGCACAGUACCACUGCAGCACGCCGAACCGUCCCUGCUUGCCAACUCUUACACGGAGCAGGUCUAUAAAACGUUCGUGCCCGACUACAGCAAGAUCAACAUGGAGCCUUACAACUUGCAAACGACGGCGAAAGGCACGACGACUCACGCCAUCGAGCUCCUGAACGCUGCCCGAGGUAAGCAACUGGCCCCAUUCGCUGAAGAUCCUGGUCAUGGUGCCCAUACAACAAUUUCGUUCACACACAACUAUUGAUGCUUCUUGAAGGCAAUUAUUCAUUGCAUUUGCCAC